AGCUGUGGAUUGUCAGGUGUGGUUUGCCACCAACCGAAUACCAGCAGCGCACAGACGACAGGAAGAAGUAGACAGAGGCUGAACGUUACCACGAAAACACUACAAGUGGAGUCAAAUCAAACGAAAGAGCAACCAGCGGCGAGAGCAAGCAACGUCCACUGAACGAGAAGGGAUAAAUGGCCCAAAAAAGGGAGGACAGAAACAAUGACAAUCCCAACAUUGAGCUGUUUGUCAAGGCCAGCAAUGAUGCUGAAAGUGUGGGUAACUGUCCUUUCUCUCAGAGACUCUUCAUGAUUCUCUGGUUAAAAAAGGUCAAAUUUCUACUCACCACAGUCGACAUGAAAAGAGCACCAGAUGUGUUGAAGAAAUUAGCUCCGGGCUCUCAGCCUCCAUUCCUGGUCUUCAACGAUGACGUCAAAACAGACGUUAAUAAGAUUGAGGAGUUCCUGGAGGAGAAAUUAGCGCCACCAAAGUAUCCCAAAUUGUGCUGUCGAUACAAGGAGUCCCUGUCGGCCGGAGAAGACAUCUUCCGUAAAUUCUCAGCGUAUAUUAAGAAUCCCAUCCCUGGAUUAAAUGACAUGUUACAGAAGAACUUCCUAUCAACCCUGGUGAAGCUCAACAUGUACUUGGAGACACCGCUGCCUCAUGAGUUGGACCAGAACCCAUACGCUACAGAAUCUACACGUCCCUACCUGGAUGGAGACUCGCUCACUUUGGCUGACUGCAACCUGCUUCCCAAACUCAACAUUGUCAAGGUGGUGUGCAAGAUGUACCGCGACUUUGACAUCCCUGCCGAACUAAAAGGCCUCAAACGUUACCUGGACAACGCCUACAAAAGGGAGGAGUUUCGCAUGAGUUGCCCAAAGGAUGUAGAGAUCCUCAUCGCGUACCAAUCUGUGGCCAAGUAUCUUAAUAAAUAGAAGAAUGAACAAAGAGGGUGUUCCAAAAGUUAAUAUACACUUCCUUCCUAUCAUUGAAGAGGCAUUCACAAAAAGCCAGAGAAAUGGAAACAAGGAAGUGUAUAAUGUCUUUCAGGACACCCUCCGUGUAAGAUUAUGGUUAGAAUUUAUCUUCAAAAUCCACAGAGCUACUUUUAAAGGUCUUAUGUACGUGCUGCAUUGACUAUUAAAUCCUAUGGUGUUAUUUCUGUGGCGUCCUUUGAAAGAGCACAGAAGCACUCCUUUAGCCACAGAAUAUUGAUGUCCUGUGCCAGUGUGCAAUCACGUAUUAUUUGUAAAUGUAUCUACAGUAUGUAUUAGGCAUUUACUCAAUGUAAACUGCAAUGAAGGAAUAACAUUUUAAUAUAAAUCUCAUAAGCUUAACUCAUGUUGUAACAUUGGUUUAGAUCUCAUAGCAUCUUUUUCUCAACAUAUUUGUACAUAUUAGAGAGAAAGCAAUACCUCCUAUAUAUAAGACUGUUAUUACUUUGAGCAGUAGUUUCUUGAUAUAUGUAUUCUGUUGUCUCCAUUCCUCACAAUUUUCUGUCCCUAGAAAUAAAAUGUAAGAAAAAAGUGAAUAAAACAAG